AUCGAUGCGUCAUCAGCCACGUCAUCGACAUGUCACUGCCACGUGUGAAGCUCGUCGCCAUCAAAUUAAAGAAGCAUGCAUCCAUUUGGUAGGAGAAUCUCAAACGCAGUCGAGAAAGAGAAGGCCGCAACAAAAUUAGAACUUGGGAGAAAAUGCGUCGAGAACUCACUCUGUGAUGUUUGGGAAAAGGACGAGCAAACCAUAGCUCGAUAUCUUGGAGGGUUGGACUAUGACAUUUCCAAAGUUGUUCAACUUCAACAAUAUUGGACUUUGGAUGAUGCAAUUCGGCUAGCAUUGAGGGUUGAAAAGCAAAUCUCAAAGAAGAAUAUCACUAGUGCUUCAAAACCGUGGGAUUUUGCAGCUAGCAGAGGGACUCAAGCCUCAAAAAUUGUUGUUAAGACCCCUGCCAAGACUGAGAAGGAAGUCAGCUCAAGCCGUCCAGCUCAACCUAACACUCGAAAGUGUUUCAAGUGUCAAGGAUUUGGCCACAUAGCCUCUGACUGUCCAAUUAGGAGAGUUGUCACCAUUAUCGGAGGAGAAAUUCAUGAAGCCUUAGAAGAUGAAGCAGAAAAGGAGCAAAAUGAUGAAGCUGAGCUUGAGGAAGAACUCAUCCCAGCUGACCAUGGAGAAUCUUUGGUUGUGCGGAAAGUCUGCAAUGUCAUCAUUGACAGUGGAAGUUGUGAGAAUGUUGUGUCAAAUUAUAUGGUUGAGAAGCUAGGUCUGCCUGUCAAAGAUCAUUCCCAUCCAUACAAGUUACAAUGGCUACGAAAGGGAAACGAGGUAAAAGUAACCAAACGUUGCCUUGUCUCUUUUUCUAUUGGUAACAGGUACCAAGACGACGUAUGGUGUGAUGUUAUUCCUAUGGAUGCUUGUCACUUGUUACUUGGUCGGCCUUGGCAAUUUGACCGAAAGGCUAUCCAUGACGACCAUGCCAACACCUACUUGUUUGUGAAAGAUGGUGUAAAGGUCAAGCUCACUCCCCUGAAGCCUGAAGAAACACUUGAAAAGAAGGAUGAGGACAAAGCUUUAAUCUCCAGAUCAACCUUUCAGAGGUUGCACCAAGAGUCGGGGAUAUACCGCUUCCCAAUUCCACGCCUUGAUGAUAUGCUUGAUCAACUGCAUGGAGCUACUGUCUUCUCAAAGAUUGAUUUGAGAAGUGGAUAUCACCAAAUUCAAAUGUGUCCCGGUGAUGAAUGGAAGACAACAUUCAAAACUAGAGAUGGUUUGUACAAGUGGACGGUCAUGCCAUUCGGAUUGUCAAAUGCUCCCAGCACUUUCAUGCGCCUUAUGAACCAGGAAUUUCGACCCUUCAUUGGGAAAUUUGUUGUGGUUUACUUUGAUGAUAUCCUGAAAUGUUCAUUUCUCACUACAAGUGUGACAUUUCUUGGAUACAUCAUCACUGCUCAAGGUGUUAAGAUGGACCCCAGUAAGAUUGAUGCUAUUGUCAACUGGCCUACACCAACAUCGAUGCAUGAUGUUCGAAGCUUCCAUGGCCUGGCAUCUUUUUACCGGAGAUUCAUCAAGAAUUUUAGUUCUAUUGUUGCCCCUAUUACUGACAGCCUUAAGGGUGACAAAUUUUCAUGGAGUGACAAAGCCCAACAGAGUUUUGAAGAAUUAAAGAGGAAGCUCACUGAAACCUCUGUACUUGCACUUCCCAACUUUGACUUGAUGUUUGAAGUAGAUUGUGAUGCUUCUAAUGUUGGAAUUGGUGUAGUGUUAAGUCAAGAAGGUCGACCCAUUGCCUUCUUCAGUGAAAAGUUGAAUGACACAAAGCUCAGAUAUUCCACCUAUGACAAAGAAUUCUAUGCAAUUGUUCGAGCCUUGGAGCAUUGGAGUCAUUAUCUUCUUUCUAAAGAAUUCAUCUUGCACUCUGACCAUGAGGCAUUGAAGCACUUAAAUUCUCAACAGAAGAUCAGUCGCCAACAUGUUGCUUGGAGUGAAUUUCUACAAGCUUAUCCUUUCCUCCUCAAAUACAAAUUUGCGGUCCAGAAUCGUGUAGCUGAUGCUCUGAGUCGCCGACAUGCCUUGCUUACUUCCUUACAAAUGAAAGUCACUGGAUUCGAAGUGAUCAAGGAGUUGUAUGAGGAUGAUCCUGAUUUUAGCAACAUUUGGCAAGCCACUUCUAAUCAAGCCCUUCAAGAGAUUGUGCGUCUACAUGGAGUUCCAAAGACCAUCACUUCAGAUAGAGAUGUGAAGUUCAUGAGUCAUUUUUGGAGGACUUUAUGGAGAAAGAUGGGCACUCAACUCCAGUUUAGUUCUACUAGCCAUCCCCAAACCGAUGGGCAAACUGAAGCUAUCAAUAAGAUUUUGGGGAAUCUACUACGAAGUUUUGUGGGAAAGAAUUUGCGACAAUGGGAUCUUGUGCUUGCCCAAGUUGAGUUUGCCUACAACAACUCUUUGAAUCAAGCUACGGGAAAAUGCCCAUUUGAAGUAGUAUAUGGAGUGUGUCCUCUUAGUCCUUUAGAUCUUGUUACAAUGUCAAACCAUAGGUAUAAGGCUCAUCAUGACAAGCACCAAAAGAAGGUUGUGUAUAAAGAAGGAGAUUGGGUUUGGAUACACCUUCGAAAGGAAAGAUUUCCUAAUCGACCUAAUGUCAAACUCGCCCCUAGAGCAGAUGGUCCUUUUCAGAUAGUGGAGAAAAUCAAUGAUAAUGCCUACAAGAUCAAACUUCCAGGUGACUAUGGAGUCUCUGCUACUUUCAAUGUAGCUGACUUAUCUCCUUACUAUGAGGAUCAUGAGCAUUGAAAUCAAACUUGAGGACAAGUUUUCUCCAACCAGGGGAGAAUGCACCAGGGAAAAAACAACAAGCAUGCAGAAACUACUCUGCAGCACCACUAGGCCGGUGCAACUUUGUCAAAGUGGCCAUUAAAUGGCUAACUCCCAACUGCAUUUUCACGUUUCAUUUAUUGCCUUAUGUUAGACUUUGCCUUUAAAUAGCUAUGUUCCUUUCGUUGUAUGGAUAAGUUUUAUCAGUUAAUGAAGUUUCAAUUCUCCU